GAGGAGACACACAGAAUUUUAGUAUGAGAAGAUGCUCAGGUGUCAGGUGUACAGUUUUUUUCCUCUCUGCCUGGGAACCUUUUCCUAUUUCCCUCUCCCGGAUCUGGUUACUCAGACUUGGAUUAGAAAUGGGGUGAGGCUUGGGCCCUGCUAGCCUUGGCCUGGCGCCUCCCCACAGCUUGACUGGAAAUUUCUUUGGCCGAGAGGACAGGAGAACUGGGUUUGAUUCCUGCCUUUCCUUUCCUGGCUGUUGGGGUGCUGGAGCCGAGUCCGCUAGGCAUUAAGUGAAAAAGAUCCGUUUCCCUUUGAAUCCACCGUCCAUCCAGCAACCCCACACGGACGGCCCAGGCCCUGGAAUUCAGAUUGGGUGGGGGGAAAGGGGUCGUGACCUUAUCUAAGCGAGCCCACCCCCUUCACCCAGAAAAAACUCAUUAGAAGCAGAUCCUAGUUUCAACAGUAAUGGGAGGCGAUGAAGGGAAAGGUGGGAAAAUUAAGCUCUCGUAAAGCCUAGAGGAUGUGGUGGGGCCAUACAAUACGGGGAGUAGGCCUUUUGGGUAGAAUCUACAUGCAAUGUAUUAGGCGAUGGGAGGGGGCGCCGACCCGCCUCAGCGCGCAUGUGCAUCGGAAACUUUUCCUGGGCUCUUCGACCCUCGGUCGGCUCCCCUUACCGGGCAUGCGUAUUGCGGCCAGUUGGGCCUUCGCAAAGUGCUCAGGGAAGUGUAGUGUGCAGGGAAAGUAGGUCACUCUUGCUAUCGCCUGGUCCGGAGGCGUUCGAGGACUACAAUUCCCAGAGUGCAGAGCGCGCCCUCACCGCCCUCCUCCGCCUACGUUUGGGUUGAGUCGAGUUUUCCUGCCUCCUGAGGAACAUGGAGUGCCCUAGAAAGGGUCUUCUUAGCCGGAAGAGGCCUUGUUGUCAGACCUAAGGUUGACCGGUCUGUGUCUAGGGGGAGAUGAUGAGAGACUGGGCGCGGUGGUGCAGUCAGUCAGCACCAGUCCUGGAAGCCUUUCAAUCCACACCCGCCUGUCUGGGCCGCUGCCUCUGGGACCAGCGAGUUGGGGCGGAUCCCGUGUCUCACCAAGGAGAGGAGCUGCCUGCCUUUGGCUCUCACUCCUCGAACAGCGGCAGGGCACUCACAUCCACCCGGUCUGUGACACCUGCUGGCCCCUCCACGCUGAGUUGAGUCCUGUAGUCCGUCACUGUAGGACAGUUUGCACAUUUAAGGCUUAGAGGUGUCUGAGUAUCUUUUUGGGUUUGGGGCUCAGUGGAUUCCAUCACCAUUAUCCCUCCUUUCCCUCUUUGAAACAGAAUUUUCUUUCUAAAAUACCUUCUGGCCGGGUGCGGUGGCUCACGCCUGUAGUCCCAGCACUUUGGGAGGCUGAGGCGGGUAGCAGAUCACCUGAGGUCGGGAGUUCGAGACUAACCUGACCAACUUGGAGAAACCCCGUCUCUACUAAAAAUAUAAAAUUAGCCGGGCGUGGUGGCGCAUUCCUGUAAUCCCAGUUACUCGGGAGGCUGAGGCAGGAGAAUUGCUUGAACCCGGGAGGCGGAGGUUGCGGUGAGCCGAGAUCGUGCCACUGCACUCCAGCCUGGGCAACAAGGCGGAAACUCCGUCUCAAAAAAAAAAAAAAAAAUCUUAAGGCUAGGCAGUGGCUCACGCCUGUAAUCCCAACACUUUGGGAGGCCGAGGCGAGCGGACCACGAGGUCAAGAGUUCGAGACCAGCCUGGCCAACAUGGUGAAGGCCCGUCUCUACUAAAAAUACAAAAAAUUAGCCGGGCGUGGUCCCGCGUGCCUAUAAUCCCAGCUACUCGGGAGGCUGAAGCGGGAGAAUUGGUUGAACCUGGGAGGCGGAGGUUGCAGUGAGCCAAGAUGGCGCCAUUGCACUCCAGCUCUGGGCUGCAGAGCAAGACCGUCUCGAGGGGGAAAAAAAAAAUCUUCCUUCGCUUCUGACAUUAGAGCAGGCAGACACAUGCGCGCACGCACACACACGCACACCUUCCUCACAUUUUUAUCAGAAGUUCUCUCUGGAAUCUGCACUGACUGAGACAUUUUUGAGCUUCACGCCCCACUUCUUCCCCUCCCUGUCAUCUUUCUCCUAGGCACCUACUCUUUAAAACACAAGUCAAAAAAAUAAAAAAUAAAAAAAAAUAAAACACAAGUCAGCACAAGGGAUCAGAAUCCAGGUUUAACUUUGCUGCUGGAAGUGAACAAGUGAGGAUAAGAUUCUUAGUGAAAUUUGACAGAAUUUUGCUCUCAUAUUUGCCCUUUUUAAUAGGUUGACAAAAGGGAGAUUUUGCUGUUGUUAAACACCUCACCAUUUUUAUUCUUCUUGCUCCUUUUUGGCCAUUUGUGCCUACACUGGGGUUGGAAAAUAUCUUAGUGUCCUCUGCAGCCACUUAAGUGAAUCCCUUUACUUGUUCCCUUUAUUGACAGGUAGUUAUUUCUAAGCUUUCUAAUCUUACCAUACUUCCAUAAAUAUUUUAUAUAUAAGCUCUAGAAUUUGUUCAUAGCUUUUUAAAAAAUGAACAAACUCCUCUGAAUGGCCACUCCUAUCUUUAGCUAAAGACAAGCCAGCACCAGUGCUUUAAUCCUCUGCUCCAUAAGCUUCUUGCAGUCAAAAUUAGAGCCUGAGCUGAUAGAGCAGAAAAUCUCAUUCUGGUUGUCCAUCAUUUUUGUAAGGUUCCACCCCACAGCCAUCUGGUCCAGCCUGUUCUCUAAUUAAAGAGGCAAAGGUGGCAUUAUAUGCUUCCUUAUUUGUGCGGCAACAUCACUGAGGUAUAAAUUGGUGUGCAGCUUUAGUUGCUUAUGCUGCAGAAAAUGGUUAGCUAGGCAGGGCUGAUGACAGUGGUUCUAUUGUAUUUUGGGGUGGGAGGCUUAUUUCCCAAUGACUUUGGCCUGCAUUUAAAACGCUCUCAUUUUGAGGCCAAACUGUUGAGGAGUGGUUAACUUGGAAGGCAAUUAUGCAGCCAGGUUUGAGGAGGCCUAGAAAGGUGUAGAAGCCCUUUGCUCUCAGUGGAAAUACCAAGAGGUGCAUUUUAAGAGGCCAUGCAGUACCUUGGGAGAAGUAUCAUAUGUUGACUUCAGUCUGUUUUAGAUUUCAAAAAUACUUUGGAAACACUGUCUUUAAUAACAGAUUCCAUUCUAGGGAACCAGUAUCAACUUUCCUCACAACUUUUUUUUCUUUUUUUUUAUUGAGGCAGAAUUUCUCUCACUUUGUCAUUCAGACUGGAGUCCAGUGGCAUGAUCUCGGCUUACUGCAACCUCUGCCUCCCAGGUUCAAGCAAUUCUCUUGCCUCAGCCUCUGGAGUAGUGGGAUUAUAGGCACCCGCAACCAUGCCUGGCUAAUUUUUGUGGGUUUUUUUUUUUUUGAUCACUCUGUUGCCCAGGCUGGAGCGCAGUGGCGUGAUCUUGGCUCACUGCAACCUCUGCCUCCCGGGUUCAAGCAAUUCUCCUGCCUCAGCCUCCUGAGUAGCUGAGGUUACAGGCGCGUGCCACCACACCUGGCUAAUUUUUUAUUUUUAGUAGAGACAGGGUUUCACCAUGUUGGUCAGGCUGGUCUCAAACUCCUGACCUUGUGAUCCGCCCGCCUCAGCCUCGCAAAGUGCUGGGAUUACAGGCAUGAGCCACCAUGCCCGGCUAAUUUUUGUGUUUUUAGUAGAGAUGGGGUUUCGCCACGUUGGCCAGGCUGGUCUUGAAUUCCUGGCCUCAAGUGAUCCACCUGCCUCGGCCUCCCGAAGUGCUGGGAUUACAGGUGUGAGCCACCACACCUGGCUCUUCACAACUUUUUAGUCUGCUCCUUGUUGGACACCUCCGUGGACCAUGUGGCCCUUCAGACCUCUGUUCCUGAGAGAAGGCUCAUGGUUCUGAGCCGUCUGGAGCGCAAGGCUGUACACGUGCCCUGUGGUGAUUAUCUGCCUAGGAAAGGACCAUGCAGCUAGAGAUCAAAGUGGCCCUGAACUUCAUCAUCUCCUACUUGUACAACAAGCUGCCCCGGCGCCGGGCAGACCUGUUUGGGGAGGAGCUAGAGCGGCUUUUGAAAAAGAAAUAUGAAGGCCACUGGUACCCUGAGAAGCCACUGAAAGGCUCUGGCUUCCGCUGUGUUCACAUUGGGGAGAUGGUGGACCCCGUGGUGGAGCUGGCUGCCAAGCGGAGUGGCCUGGCGGUGGAAGAUGUGCGGGCCAAUGUGCCUGAGGAGCUGAGUGUCUGGAUUGAUCCCUUUGAGGUGUCCUACCAGAUUGGUGAGAAGGGAGCUGUGAAAGUGCUGUACCUGGAUGACAGUGAGGGCUGCGGUGCCCCAGAGCUGGACAAGGAGAUCAAGAGCAGCUUCAACCCUGACGCCCAGGUGUUCGUGCCCAUUGGCAGCCAGGACAGCUCCCUGUCCAACUCCCCAUCGCCAUCCUUUGGCCAGUCACCCAGCCCUACCUUCAUUCCCCGCUCCGCUCAGCCCAUCACCUUCACCACCGCUUCCUUUGCUGCCACCAAAUUUGGCUCCACUAAGAUGAAGAAGGGGGGCGGGGCAGCAAGUGGUGGGGGUGUAGCCAGCAGUGGGGCCGGUGGCCAGCAGCCACCACAGCAGCCUCGCAUGGCCCGCUCACCCACCAACAGCCUGCUGAAGCACAAGAGCCUCUCUCUGUCUAUGCAUUCACUGAACUUCAUCACGGCCAACCCGGCCCCUCAGUCCCAGCUCUCACCCAAUGCCAAGGAGUUCGUGUACAACGGUGGUGGCUCACCCAGCCUCUUCUUUGAUGCGGCUGAUGGCCAGGGCAGUGGCACCCCAGGCCCGUUUGGAGGCAGUGGGGCUGGCACCUGCAACAGCAGCAGCUUUGACAUGGCCCAGGUAUUUGGAGGUGGUGCCAACAGCCUCUUCCUGGAGAAGACACCCUUUGUGGAAGGCCUUAGCUACAACCUGAACACCAUGCAGUAUCCCAGCCAGCCGUUCCAGCCCGUGGUGCUGGCCAACUGACCAUCUACCUGCCCGUGGGGCCAGGAGCACCCAAGACCAUAGAAAAGAGAAAGGAAAGGCCAAAAAAGGAAAAGAAAAAUGUACAAAAAGAUUUUCGAUCUUCUCACUCUUACUUCUAGAAAAAUCCAGCCCAGGCACGGAAUGGGAGGGGCCCACAAAGCACCCAAGUGUGUUUCACUCACCCCUUACCGCUCGCCCCCCGGCCUGUGAUUUAUUUGGUUGGUUUGGGUUUUAUAUUUCUUUUUCUUUUUUUUUUCUUACAUGUAGUUUUCUAUAUAACAUCUUUAAUGAGUGGCUUCCUGUGCUAAGAAUGGUCCAGAUGUGAACUGCUGCUCCCUGCUCCUCCCUUCCUCCUUCACACUCCUAGUUUAGGAUUGAUGUGUCCAAGCUCACAGGGAAGAAAGAGCUGCAGCUGGAGCCUAACCCUCCCUGGAACAGGGAGAGGCUGGCCCGUGUCACUGCCUCUGUCACCCAGCUGUCCUCACACUCAAAGCCAUCCAACCUCAGCAGGCCUGCUCGGGCCCUGCCACCUGAAUAGGUCUGACCCCAGUCCCCACUCCCUUUCAGGUCUGGGCCACAGGGAGCUGCUGGCUGGCCACUUGACACCUCCCCCUAGAGCUGAUGUCUGUGACUACAGGGAGAUUAGCACUUAGUCUAGUGAAACUCCUUUCAUCUCUGUCCUAUGGCCCCACCCCACCAUUCCCUUUAGGCCCAGACCAUCAUCAUGGCCCUGGCCAUUGAUGUGUAUGGCCUUUCUUUCCCUCAUGCACCCCCUUCUUCCCCAGGCUGGAGGUUGUGGGUAGGGAGGGGUGUGUGUGUGUGUGUGUGUGUGUGUGUGUGUGUGUGUGUGUGUGUGGUUUGCUGUCCUUUUUUAAAGGAUUCCAAGCCAUGUGAAACUUCCCUUCUGGAUGUGAUUCUGGGUUGCAGCAAGUGCUUAUUUAUAUGUGAGGCUGGGGAAUGGGCUGGGGGUAUUGGCAGUCCUUUUGCAGGGCAGUGUGCGUGGUGGGGUGACACCGCUGUGGCUGAGCCCAAGACACUCCCAGAGGAAAACACUGCAGAAGGAACUGGUUUGCAGACUGUGGAAGGAUCUGCUCUUUUGUUUUUGACCAAAAAAAUAAUAAGUUAGCUCUGAAGGGCACAGGGAAUACCCAAGCCUCUGAUGCCUAUGAGAAGUCCCUGGACUUCAACCCUCCUGUUGUUUGGCCUUAGUCCAGCAGGAGCUGCUCACCUGAGCAGCUUGGGGGUGGGCAGGGAGACAGGGUGGGUUUUAGAGUUAGUGUCUGUGUGGGGGCAGCCCUGAUCCUGGAGUUGAGACUUUGGGGUCUCUUAGUUUGGAGAUGUUCAGUGCAUUUGUGCCCCUGCCUGGUUGAGAGCUUCUUGGUACCUCUUGCCACCCCUUCUCACUGCCCUGACCCAACCCCACUGGACCUUGAUGCUGCGAGGAGUGGUGUCCUGAUGGACUCAGCACUCCCGCCUGAUGUAUUGGAUCAUAGGAGAGCGCUUGCUGUCCUGCCUCUGCCAGGAGAGGGCUUGUUCCUCCAACCCUAGGAGGCCAGGCAAGCAUGGACAGGAGCCAAGGGAGCAGGGUCAUUAACUUUUUCUUCUUUGCAAAGUGGGCACUUGGCAUCAGGGUCCUAUCACCAGAAAGCACCAAAGCCCCUGGCACCCCACCCACUCCAUCCUACCCAGGGACCCCAAGUAGGCAACUGCUAUGGCAGUGGGUCCAGCCCAGGCCGGCACUGCCAGCCUCCUCUCCCUGCAGUAGGCACCAGCUCUACCUCCCCCUGCAGGCAAUGUCCUGGCUUCUCAGCCCAGCACCAUCUGUUCCCCUAGACUUCUCAGGGGCCAGCCCAGUCUGGGCCACCCUUUCCCUCAUCCUCGGCUCCCACACAGGUGACAGGCCCAGCAGAUAGCUUCUCUCUGGGAAAGGUUGGAUGCUGCCUUACGUCCCCUUCUAGCCCUCCUCCCAUCCACACACACAGGCACCCACCCACACCAGGUCGGCUUGUUUCUCACAUGUAGGGAGAGAGGGGAAACCAACCCCUUUGUGUCUUUUGAAAUACGAAGAAAAAUGUGUGUUCAGGAGCAUGGCUCUAGUGCUGGGCUCUUGGGCCCAGUUCAGUCUGUCUUGUCUCAAAUCUAGGCAUUUUUGCUUCAAUUUUAUUUUUUUUAAGAAAACAAAAACAGAAAUCUGCACUAAUUUACCUGGUUUCGUAGGAAAACUUUUUUUUAUUUUUUACAUUUUUUGGUGUCCGUUUGUAUUGAAUAAUUUGCUACAUUUGUAAAAUGUAAGAGGUAUAUAUAAUAUAUGUAUAUUUCUAACGUAAAAAAACAUAAUUUUUUUCUUUUCAAGAUUUUUUCUUAAAAAGAUGAGAGAAACAUAUUUUUUCAGGAAAAACAAACUUUAAAAAAAAAAGAGGAGAAAUAAAACCUUUUCUCCCCUUUCCCCAUCCUCUAUCUAUCCCUCUUUCCCAGGAACAAAUCAAAAGGUGGAUUAUCUUCUGAAGAAUGGAAACUGUUAGUCCAGAAUGAUGUCUUUUUCUCAGUGCAGUGAGUUAUAGAUUCUCUAGUUUUCUCCCUAGGGAUGGGAAGGGGGCAUUGAGGCAAGCCUGGAGAGGAGCCCGGGGAGCAGGGUCAUGAACUUUUUUCUUUAGUGAAGGAGGAAUACAAUCAAGGGUUUUGUAUUCAGAAUGUUGUGCAAUAUUUUGGAAUGGGACAUUGGUGUGUUUAGAGAUUUUAGUUUAAAAACAAAACAAAAAGAUUGAUCAAAUCUGUACAGUUUCUAUUGUUCCAGAUUUUUUUAAGUUUGUAUUAAAAGCAUGAUACAUAAUA